UGUCACCGUGUGACCUGUAAAUUCACGAUUAUAAAAGUCUUGAAUUCUGUAAUGUUUGCCUAUCUGGGCAUGUCACAGUAUGUCAUUACAUACUAUUUACAUAUAUUAUAGCCGCUCUGCCAACAUGGACACCAGAGACAAGCACACCGACAGGAGCAUCAUACGGUAUACUAAACCACACAGUGAACAACACAGGGAAUUACACUGACGGCAGGAACGGUACCGCCAACUACACAGAAACAACAACGCCAUAUCUGACCAGUAACCGCACUGCACAACAGAAUAUAAGUACCGACAUGUCCGGCGCCGAACCCACCGGCAGUCCACCUGGGUUUCCCGUCGACUAUGAGCCAAGAAUUCCGGAGGAUCUCCAUCUUAACGGAAUAGUGCAGACCGUCUCGCUUGCCAGCGUAGCAUCGACUGAGACUUUAUUCAUCGUCACCAUCUUAGAAGGUAAUGACGGUGGUCACUUUAUAAUCAAGAAUGACACUGACGAUAACCGAAAGGACGCAGAAAACAUACCGACACAAAAUCUUUCCUGGGUUACUGUUGACGACACUUCGUUCGUCGUUUGUAACCAAACAGUUGUGGAAACAACAGCAGAAACAAUAGGAACAGGCGUUCAGAGCUUUAUGAUCAAUACACCGUCGGCCCUGAUCACCCUUGCCGCUGCGGUAGACUUUGAAGAAGCUCAGCAGCAUGAACUGGUACUCGUCGUGGAGGACAACAGUGUGACGCCAUCGCGGACAGGGACACUGGCCAUUGAAAUUUUCGUCGAAGACGUGAACGACAACUGCCCAAGCUUUACCACGAAGGAGUUCGACCUCGAGCCGAGACCAGUCCUGAGUCCAGGUCCAGUCUUCACCCUGCAGUGGAAGGACAGGGACAGUGGAUCAAACGCCGUCGUCUCGCUCUACAGGACCCAGGAGGUUCAGCAGACAUCCACCCAGCUACAGUUUUCUGUCAUUGCCGUUGAUUCGGGCACACCAUCUCGUGGGGACAUAGCAACCGUUUCCAUGACAAUCAGUGACACGUGCCUGCACGACAGCCUGAACAAGUCCAUCGAAUAUGACGUCAGUGUCGAGAACCAUACCGGAAAUGUCUACCUCCGGGUUCCCAGAUAUUACGUCAAGCCGUUUGUUUGCUUUGAGCCACUUGGUAUGGAGAGCGGAUGGAUACACAUAAGCCAGAUCUCUGCGUCGUCUGCGGAUGGAUUUUAUGGACCUGAACGGGCGCGUCUCAACAACAAUGCAUCAGUAGCAAGUGAUGGCGGGACGUCUGGGGCUGGAGGGAACUGGAGAGCAGCAGUGACAAACUCUGACCAUUGGUUACAAGUGAGACUGAUUUAAUACAUUGUGCAAAGU